CUCGAAUUUUGUGAGUUGAUGUCCGACGUUAUUCUGAAAUCGAGGAGACGAGUGGGGGUAAAGCUCCAAAACAAAAGGUAAUGUUAGUUUACAAUAACCAAGAAGACUCUCUUUUGUUUUAUUCCAUAAUACUAAACUCUUAACUCUCUCCUACAAAAUCUAUAUGCAACCCAGAACAUCGGAUCGUAUACGUAACGUUGUAAUUUCUUGAAAUGAAAAAAACAUAUUUGAAAAUAUUUUGACAAUCUAGAGAGAAGAAGAGUAAGAGGGACUAUUGCCCCCACAUUCCUCUUUAUGCGUUGAUCAAUCUUCAUCGGUGGUGAAUGAAAAAAGAAGAAAAUAACGUUAUUAUGCGUUCACACGUUCCAGUUUUUACUUUAUUUAUAUAAUAAAAUAAAAGAACCUUUUUCUUGUGUGCGAGUGUGAUUCUUUGACAAACGGGAAGUCGACUUCGCAGACAGAAACAAAAUUUCCGGACAUCGCAUUUGUCAAUUUCCCCACACCCGGGCCACCCCGUGGAGAUUCAGACAAGUCACAAGAGCACAAAAGCUAUCAUCUUCUUCGAAUGUGUGAUGUUUCCUUUAGCCCUUUUCACUUUCAUCUCUUUUGAGGCAUAUUAAGUGUUCGUUGAAAUGUCUGACUGAACCCAACUCCUCUGCUUCCAUCUGGUGAAGAAGAUUCACUUGGCUUUUCCACAGAAAAAAAGUUCCAGCUUUUCAGGCUAUCUGCGCUUAAAAAGUUAAAGCUGGAGUUUCUUAUUGUGAAGCUUUUUCUUAAUAGGCCAUGCGGUUUCUGCUUGAAGCAUUUCCUGUAACUCUUUUGUUUUCUCCAACUCCUGGGAACUGAUUAGGAGAAAGCUCAGCUCCUUUGUGGUAACUUUUUAAAAACAAAUGGGAUUCGGAGUUGGUGGUGGUGGAGUUAGUAAAAUGUUGGAUUUGAGGAUGGUCCAAAGCCACAAGCGUUCAAAGAGUGCCAGCUUUCCAGAAAAGAAAAGAGCCGAGGGAGAUAAACCUUCUUCGAAUACUUCUUUUGAAGCCUCUCAACGCAUCAAGCUGGACAUGGGUCGUUCAAAUGAAUCAACCAAAGACAAGCCUAAUCAUCAGUAUCAUUCAAUCACCGAAACUUCAUUGAAGCAAGAGAUUGAUCAGCUCGAGACAAGACUACAAGAUCAGUUUAAGGUUCGUUGUGCAUUUGAAAAGGCCUUAGGUUAUCCAACAGCUUCUUCGUACAUGCUGACUGAAGCAAACGACAUUCCUAUGCCCAAGCCAGCUAUUGAUUUGAUCAAAGACAUUGCGGUUCUGGAGAUGGAAGUUAUACAUUUGGAACAGUAUCUUCUUUCAUUAUAUCGAAAAGCCUUUGACCAGAAAAUCUCUUCUGCAUCUCCAAAUUCAGACAAGGAGAAGCCAAAGUCUCCUCCUGUGACAACCCCUAGAAGGUGUCUAGAACUUGCUGAAGAAGAUUAUACCACCCCAUCGAAAACAGAUGAUGAUGAUGUUAAUCAAAGUCAUUCAAAGGAGUCCAGCUUUCACCGUAGCCACUCGCACCGUUCAGCAUUUGAGAGUAGAAAAGCUUCUUCCCCGGAAGAUUCUUGGAGUGAAGCCAUCCGCUCUUGCCACUCCCAGCCGUUGUAUCCACAGAAUGGAGAAAAUCUAAUCAGUCUAGCUGAACAUCUUGGCACACGAAUCUCGGAUCAUGUUCCAGAGACUCCCAACAAGUUGUCUGAAGGAAUGGUCAAGUGUAUGUCAGAAAUAUACUGCAAGCUCGCAGAGCCACCUUCUUCUGUACUAAACCACAGACUUUCAUCAUCUCCAAACUCAUCUUUGUCAUCGAGUGCAUUCUCGCCCUCUGACCAAUACGAUACAUCGAGCCCUGGAUUGGGAAACAGCUCCUCUUUCGAUGUACGUUUAGAGAACUCUUUCCAUGAAGAAGGAGAUCAGAAGGACUUCAGUGGGCCUUACAGCAACAUGGUUGAAGUGCUUUGCAUUUACAGAGACGCCAAAAAGGCCAGUGAGGUCGAAGAUCUUCUGCAAAACUUCAAGUCGCUUAUUAGUAGGUUGGAGGAAGUGGAUCCAAGUAAGUUGAAACAUGAGGAGAAGCUGGCGUUCUGGAUAAAUGUGCACAAUGCACUUGUGAUGCAUGCCUAUUUAGCUUAUGGGAUUCCACAGAACAAUGUGAAGAGAGUCCUACUCCUACUCAAGGCUGCAUAUAACGUUGGUGGACACACGGUUAGCGCGGAAGCAAUACAAAGCUCUAUUCUUGGAUGCAAAAUGUCUCACCCUGGACAGUGGCUUAGACUACUAUUUGCUUCAAAGAAGUUCAAAGCAGGAGAUGAAAGAUUAGCUUACGCAAUCAAUCAUCCCGAACCUCUCCUACAUUUUGCACUUACUUCCGGCAGCCACUCCGAUCCCCCGGUGCGUGUAUAUACGCCAAAGAGAAUCAAGCAAGAGCUAGAAACGUCGAAAGACGACUACAUAAGAAUGAACUUACGCUUACGCAAUCAGAAAGUCCAACUUCCAAAGCUUGUGGAGACGUUUGCAAAAGAGUCCGGUUUAUGUCCAGCUGGUUUGACAGAGAUGGUUAACCAGAGUAUACCGGAAUCUUCGAGAAAAUGUUUGAAGAGAUGUCAAUCUGGUGGUAGUAAAUCACGCAAGGCCAUUGAUUGGAUCCCACACAGCUUUACAUUCAGAUAUCUUAUUCUUAGAGAAGCUGCCAAAUGAAAAAAAUAAUAAUUAUUAGUUCAUAAAAAAGAUUCUUCAUUCAUAUAAUGUGUGUGUCUGUGUAUAUAAAAAAGAUCGUUAAUGUCUAUGAUUGUCCCCACUUUCUAAUUCUGAUAAGGUUGUGUUUUCGUAUGGAUGAUUGGAUCUAGUUUCUUCACAGUUACUUAGCACCAAGGAAAGGAAUUAGUGUUACUGCCA